AUGGGGAAGCGUUACUUCUGUGACUACUGUGACCGGUCCUUCCAGGACAACCUCCACAACCGCAAGAAGCACCUGAACGGCCUGCAGCACCUGAAGGCCAAGAAGCUCUGGUAUGACAUGUUCCGAGACGCAGCUGCCAUCUUGCUGGAUGAGCAGAACAAGAGGCCGUGCCGGAAGUUUCUCCUGACAGGCCAGUGCGACUUUGGCUCCAACUGCAGAUUCUCCCACAUGUCAGAGCGAGACCUGCAGGAGCUGAGCAUCCAGGUGGAGGAGGAGAGGCGGGCCAGGGAGUGGCCGCUGGACGUCGCCGAGCUUCCUGAGGUCCGCCUGGAAGACUGGCUGGAGAAGCGAGCCAAGCGGCUGAGCUCCGCCCCAAGCAGCAGGGCUGAGCCCGUGAGAGCCACCAUGUUCCAGUACCCCGUGGGCUGGCCGCCAGUCCAGGAGCUGCCUCCGUCCCUGCGGGCACCCCCGCCUGGGGGGUGGCCCCUUCCGCCCAGCGUCCACUGGGGCUGA